CUGAAGCCCAGGUCUCGUCGGAGUGUCGGACACGCCAUGAAAAAAAUUGUUCAAAAUUACCACCAAUUGGAACUAGCGACGUGUACCUUCCCGUUACCGUUACGGGUCUGUUUACGGUCCACACGAUGUUCUUAUCCGCGAGCUCGUGCGACGGCGCGUCUUCUUUCUCCCACUCCCCCCCUGCUAUGUUCCAUGACGCCCUUGUCUCUCGAAGUGCUCCGUCGUCUUCCUCAUUCCAUUCCAUCCGCUACGACAUAAGGUCAUUUUUGUAAGCCAAAUCAUGGCGUUGGCCGCACGCUCGAUGUUUUUAUUCCAUCGGGGAGGCCGUGCCAAUAUAUGCAUCGGAUUGGGCCUGACAGGUGAUAAGAGGGUGCAAAAGGUAAGAAGGAUUGCUUGUCGUAGUGUGGUGGUGCUCCAAGUAUUGUGCGACAGCAACAACUCAACACACUCGCGGCAGUUAAGACCUUGCGGACAUUACCGCAAUUUGGGGUCCAGAAAUUUGAAAUCGCUCAGGCAACAGAAACAUGACUUCUCCGCUUCGGCGCACGGCACUCGGACAAAUACACCCCAGGUGUCUGAAUUUCUGGCUGAUAGAGCGUCUGCUUUCCUGAAAGAUUGGGGCUAUUCACGCUUCAUGGAAUUAACCGGAAUGUUGUUGUGUGUAUUAAUUAUUGUUCCAUCGGCCGAUGCUGUUGAUGCCCUCAAAACUUGUGCCUGCUUAUUGAAGGAAUGCAGGAUAGAACUGGCCAGGUGUAUAUCGAAUCCGUCGUGUGCUGCCAACAUUGCUUGUCUCCAGACUUGCAAUAAUCGACCCGAUGAGACCGAAUGCCAAAUAAAAUGCGGGGACGUGUUCGAAAACAAUGUGGUUGAUGAAUUCAACGAGUGUGCAGUCUCGAGGAAGAAAUGCGUGCCGACGAAAUCUGAUGUCGGAGAAUUUCCUGCUCCAAAUCCUGAUGUCCUUGUUAAGAGCUUUAACAUUGGAGAUUUCAGUGGGAAGUGGUUCAUCAGCGCCGGCUUAAAUCCUUCCUUUGAUACUUUUGACUGCCAAUUGCAUGAUUUUCACACGGAAUCCGACAAACUUGUUGGUAAUUUAUCAUGGAGAGUACAGACUCUAGAUGGCGGUUUUCUUACUCGGUCAGCUGUCCAGAGAUUUGUACAAGAUCCUUCUCAGCCUGGGAUACUCUACAAUCACGAUAAUGAGUACCUUCACUAUCAGGAUGACUGGUAUAUCAUAUCAUCCAGGAUUGAGAAGAAACAAGACGAUUAUAUAUUUGUUUACUACAGAGGGAGGAACGAUGCAUGGGACGGGUACGGAGGCGCGGUGGUGUAUACAAGGAGUGCAGUUUUGCCGGAAAGUAUAGUUCCGGAACUUGAGAGAGCAGCAAAAAGCGUGGGAAGGGAGUUUGGCAAGUUCAGGAGAACGGAUAACAGGUGCGGGCCGGAGCCUUCGUUGGUUGAGAGAUUGGAGAAGAAAGUGGAGGAAGGAGAGGAGACAAUCGCGAGGGAAGUGGAGCAAUUGGAAGGGGAGGUGGAGAGGGUGGGUAAGACGGAGAUGACCUUGUUGCAGAGGCUAGCCGAAGGGUUCAAAGUGCUUCGGGAAGACGAGGAAAAUUUCUUGAGGGGCCUAACCAACGAAGAAAUGAACUUGCUCAACCAGCUUGAAAUGGAAGCCACUCAAGUAGAGGACCUCUUCGGACGUGCCUUGCCGCUCAGGAAACUCAGAUGACUCCCCCAAACAAAGCCACCCAACCCUUCAUUUUCAUUGUUUAUGCUGCCCAUUGUUUCUUUUUUCAUGAUACUAAUUACAUGUGAAUAUUUGCUACUAUAGUCUUCCAAUAUUAUUCCAGUACCCCCGCCCAACAAAUUACAUGUUAGCGUGGAAAUUGAUGCUAA